UAGUGCGGGUGCGACAUCGGCGGCUCACUGACCGCCGUGAAAACUCUCGCGAGUCGGGCGUGAAAACAGAAGAAAAGUGCGCUCGGAAUUCUCACGGGAAUGUGAUUGUUCGGAAACCCGAGAAAUCGUAUAUAUAUAUAUAUAUACAUAUAUAUAUAUAUAUAUACAUACAUACAUAUAUAUAUAUAUAUAUAUACGUGUUUCCGGAUACCAUUCUCUUGGACGUAAUCGAGAUGGGAUUAGACGAGUGGCGAUUGCACGGUACAGUUUAACAGAGCCCGAGUGAAAAUAAAAUGUGUGACGCGUGCAAUAGUGUACUUUAGUGGUACUAAACAAUAUGAUAACAUGGUGACAAAACUAUCUACGACUGUGUCGUCGGCCAAUAACAACGAAAGUGGCACCUUUAUCCCAGCAAGCCAAAGACCUGACGGUACCUGGCGUAAGCCAAGACGUGUAAAGGAUGGAUAUAUUCCUCAGGAGGAGGUUCCACUAUAUGAAAGCAAAGGGAAACAACUGAUAAAGAAACCUUUAUAUCCUGUGGGUGCCAGUCCGGAAUUUAUAGCGGAACAUAAAGCAAAACAAGAAGCUCUAGCAGCAAAAAACAAAGCAACACCUGGGACACAAGCGAAAACUCAAGAAGGGUCCAAAAAGAAGAAGAAGAAAAGCAAAUCUAAGGCUGGCGAAUCGAUUACCUUGAAGGCAUUAACCGAAGGACUGUCUAACAUGACGACCGCAGAGCCUGAAUUUCCUAAAGCUGUUCCAGCUCACAAUGAUAAGUCAUUGUACACUGCGAAACCAAUUAUAACAAACACUAUAAUUAAGGACAAUGCAGAGACUUCGCAAAAAGCAACAGCUGAUCCACAGAAGAGAUUAAAAAAUCUGCGCAAGAAAGUAAGAGAGAUCGAAGCAUUAGAGGAGAAAAUCAAAGCUGGCUCUCUGAAAAAUCCUGAAAAAGAAAUACUUGAUAAAGUGGCACGGAAAAUAGAGAUUUCUAAAGAAAUAAAAAGAUUAGAGGUUACUCUCAGUUAGGAACCCAACCUAUAGAACGCGAAUUUAUUAGUGCCAUCGGAUAACAUCCGAUUAUAAAAUCUUGUCAAUAAUAAACAUACAAAUUGUGUA